GGAAGUGGAUGUUGUUUGGCUUCCUUCUUCCGUGAGCCGGUGCAGCUGCCUGUGGGACUUUUAGGGCUCCUGCCCACGGCCCAACUGCUGCCAUGAGCCGGCCCAGCCGGUUACAGCGGCAAAUUCUGAGCCUGUACCGUGAGCUGUUGCGCGCCGGGCGCGGGAAGCCGGGCGCCGAAGCGCGCGUGCGAGCUGAGUUUCGCCAGCACGCCAGCCUUCCGCGCUCCGAUGUCCUGCGCAUCGAGUACCUGUACCGCCGAGGGCGGCGGCAGCUCCAGCUGCUGCGUUCCGGCCACACUACAGCCAUGAGCACCUUCGUGCGUCCGCGAGGCCCGGAGGAGGAGCUGGAGUCGGGACGGCUCCGGUAACCCCGCUUGAUGAUUGUGAUAUACAGGAAGUUCUUAAGACGGCAUGGGGACACCGGAGACACAACCCAGUGGACGGUGACAGGCACAAGAGCUCACACAGUGACUCAGGAGGACCUGCCUGGUAGUUUGAGGAGGACCGGGACCUCCUCCAAUGGAAAGUGAGAUCUUGAGACACUCACUCCACCCAUUGGGAUGGAGAGCCCUGUGAUCGACGGCGAGAAACCUUUCCUGUGUUUGGUGACAGGUCAGACCCGCCCCUCUUCCGCCAGCGGGGCUGAGAAUGACCUAGGCAGCCAGCAGGCUGGACAGUGUCAUGCUAAAAAGCAUGAGGAGCUCAGACCUCCCCUCCACCAUGGCCCAAGAGAGCCUGAGACUCUUGAUCUCUGAAAGCAUGCCCACCCCUAUCCUCAAACGUACUGCUCCCUGCUGUAUUUAACUCUCAGAAGAGCAGACUUGAUGAAUAGUGAGAGGCCCGGAAUCCCCCACUGGAAACUCUCCUUGAUUAGGAGGCUGUAACCCUAGUUCAUGAUCCUAAGGGGCAGCCCUAACUCCUGGACUUCCCCCCUCCAGACUGUUGAACAAAGGGAAUAAAAUUGGGGCUGUGCUUAUU